AUGGUUCGCUUGACAGCAGAGUUGUUAUUACUUUUAGGACUUCUUUUGCUAACUUUGCACAUUACUGUGUUACGGAGCAGUCCACUGCAACAAGGAAAUGCAACCUCGAAUCCGGAGCAGGACACCUUUGUCGCAGAGAAUAAUCUCGAUGCAGAGAGCAGCUCCUCGUCUCAACUCGGCAUGGGGGAAGGGCGGUCCAGUGCAGAGCAGCGUGUGGCCCACCGCCCAGCCUCUCAGCCCUGGUUGCAGAGCCACAGUGCUGGGAGUAGUCUGCAGAGGGAUGGCCCUGGAGCUUUUCUGCUGGACCUACACAACUUCCCUGAUCUCUCCAAGGCUGACAUAAAUGGGCAGAAUCCCAAUAUACAGGUGACUAUCGAGGUUGUGGACGGGCUAGAAGGAGCGGAGUCAGAGAAGGGUGUUGGGAAGGAGAACAAGCCAGGCUGGGCUACUCCCAACUGGAGGAACUGGUGGCAGCGUUCAUCCACCUCAGCAUCCGCAUCUUCCUCCUCUUCAUCAUCUACACUGAGACGACCAGAGGAACAAGACUACCCCUAUGAAAGCAACAUAGAGGACAGCAACUUCCUCAAACCUGUGGGAGACUGGGAUCGGAGGGGAGCAGUGGGUGGAGGCGGCAGAAGCCAGACAGAAUACGACUACAUUGAUGGAGAGGGUGACUGGAGUAUCUGGUCACCGUGCAGCGUUACCUGUGGAAACGGCAAUCAGAAGCGGACGAGGUCAUGCGGAUACGCCUGCACUGCCACAGAGUCACGCACCUGUGAUAUGCCAAGCUGCCCAGGAAUCGAAGAUGCUUUUAAAACGGCAGCCACAGAGGUCAGCCUACUUGCCGGAACCGAUGAGUUCAAUGCUACGGAGCUUUUUGGUGUUGACACAGAUAGCUGUGAACGCUGGAUGAACUGUAAGAGUGAGUUCCUGAAGAAGUACAUGACCAAAGUGGCUAAUGAUCUUCCUAGCUGCCCGUGUACGUACCCCACAGAGGUUGCUUACAGCACUGCCGAUGUGCAUGAUGCAGCCAUGCGGCGAGACUUCCGCUGGAAGGACGCCAGUGGCCCCAAAGAGAAGCUCGAGAUCUACAAACCUACAGCUCGCUAUUGCAUUCGUUCCAUGCUCACGCUGGAGUCCACCACACUCGCCGCCCAGCACUGUUGUUAUGACGACAGCAUGAAGCUCAUCACCCGUGGCAAAGGUGCCGGCACUCCCAACCUCAUCAGCACUGAGUUCUCUGCAGACCUGCACUACAAGGUAGACAUCCUGCCAUGGAUCAUCUGCAAAGGAGACUGGAGUCGUUAUAACCAAGCCAGGCCCCCUAACAAUGGGCAAAAGUGUACAGAGAACCCCCAGGAUGAGGACUACUAUAAACAGUUUGAGGAGGCCAGAGAGUUUUAA